AUGGGAAUCAGCAAGGUCAAGCAGGCUCAGAGAGCUCGUCGAAUACGGGAACAGUCUAACACCACGCUCGAGACUAUCUCAGCAGCAGGAGUGCACAGGCCCGUUAGAAGUCGGAGGCGAACACAUAUAUCUCUCCUGGAUGCGGAUAUUACUGACCCCCUCCCUCGCUGCACCGUGAGAUGGGCCGACAACACGACUUCUGAGAUCCCCUUGACCAAGCUUCUCAAACCCAGCAUCUGGCACACAAUCAGCGGCCUCCAGCAUAUAGAGGCGUCAAACUCUCGUCCCACAGCUCAAGCCGUCCAGCCAAGACCAGCCAGCACCGCUCUGGCAGACCUCCGACAAGCCAACGAGGCUCGAGCACGACUCGAAGCUGAGCUGGAAGAGUCCAAGUCGCGGAAUCUGGCACCCGUGACCCAGAAUGAGAUGCUGAAGGAAUCCUCUGACCAGGAUGCCUGCGCUGUCAAGCUUCUGAAAACGAGAGCGAGGAAAGACAUCCUAACCAUUGCCAAACUGAAGACGCAGGUGCACCAAUUGCGAACCCAGAUGCAAAGUCUAGAUGCGGAGCGGAAAGCCUUGAAAGUUGAUCUCGCUAGGGUCAGCAAUGCUGUCGUGUCGUGGGGCUUUCAGGACGUCGAUGCCAUCCCUAUCAUUUGA